CUUGGAACAUUUCCGCCUCCUGGGCUAGGCCAAAAAGAGCGCGGAACGCCGAGAGCUGGGUCGAGGUUUCCCGGCCGGACCGCAAAGUCAAGCGCACGCAGGGUCCCAGCGCACCGCCUCGGUCCCGCGCUCUCGCGACAUGGCCUUCAACUUUGGGGCUCCCUCGGGCACUUCGGGCACUGCAGCAGCCACCGCGGCCCCCGCAGGUGGGUUUGGAGGAUUUGGGACAACAUCUACAGCAGCUGGUUCUGCGUUCAGCUUUUCUGCUCCAGCUAAUACAGGCACCACUGGACUCUUUGGCGGUACUCAGAAUAAAGGUUUUGGAUUUGGAACUGGUUUUGGCACAGCAACUGGAUCUAGUACUGGUUUAGGUACUGGUUUGGGAACUGGACUGGGAUUUGGAGGAUUUAACACACAACAACAGCAACAGCAGCAGCAAACAACAUUAGGUGGUCUCUUCAGUCAGCCUACACAAGCACCUACUCAGUCCAACCAGUUGAUACAUACAGCAAGUGCUCUUUCUGCUCCAACGCUUUUGGGAGAUGAGAGGGAUGCUAUUUUGGCAAAAUGGAAUCAACUGCAAGCCUUUUGGGGAACAGGAAAAGGAUAUUUUAACAAUAACAUUGCACCAGUGGAAUUCACCCAAGAAAAUCCUUUCUGCCGAUUUAAGGCGGUAGGUUACAGUUGUAUGCCCAAUAAUAAAGAUGAAGACGGCUUGGUGGUUUUAGUUUUCAACAAAAAAGAAACAGAUAUCCGAAGCCAGCAACAGCAGUUGGUAGAAUCAUUGCACAAAGUUUUGGGAGGAAACCAGACCCUUGCUGUAAAUGUAGAGGGUAUUAAAACAUUGCCAGAUGAUCAGACAGAAGUUGUCAUUUAUGUUGUUGAACGUUCACCAAAUGGUACUUCAAGAAGAGUUCCAGCCACAACACUGUAUGCCCACUUUGAACAAGCCAAUAUAAAAACACAGUUGCAGCAACUUGGUGUAACCCUGUCUAUGACGAGAACAGAACUUUCUCCUGCACAGAUCAAACAACAUCUACAGAAUCCUCCUGCUGGAGUUGAUCCUAUUAUAUGGGAACAAGCUAAGGUGGAUAACCCUGAUUCUGAAAAGUUAAUCCCUGUACCAAUGGUGGGUUUCAAAGAACUUCUGCGAAGACUGAAGGUUCAAGACCAGAUGACUAAGCAGCAUCAGACCAGACUAGAUAUCAUAUCAGAAGAUAUUAGUGAGUUACAGAAGAAUCAGACUACGACUAUGGCCAAAAUUGCACAAUACAAGAGGAAGCUAAUGGAUCUCUCCCAUAGAACAUUACAGGUCUUAAUUAAACAAGAAAUCCAGAGGAAGAGUGGUUAUGCCAUCCAGGCUGAUGAAGAACAGUUACGAGUUCAACUAGACACAAUUCAGAGUGAACUAAAUGCCCCUACUCAGUUUAAGGGUCGACUAAAUGAAUUGAUGUCACAGAUCAGGAUGCAGAAUCAUUUUGGAGCAGUCAGAUCUGAAGAAAGAUACUAUAUUGAUGCAGAUCUGCUACGAGAAAUCAAGCAGCAUUUGAAACAACAGCAGGAAGGCCUUAGUCACCUGAUUAGCAUCAUAAAAGAUGAUUUAGAAGAUAUAAAGUUGGUGGAACAUGGAUUGAAUGAAACCAUCCCCAUCAGAGGUGGAGUCUUCAGUUGACAGUUGACAGCUUUGUGUUGGAGGUUUUGGACAUGCAUCCUCUGACUGCAUCAGGCCCUCCUUGAGAACUGACUACAAGGUGGGGGAAAAGGGUGGAGAAAAAGGAAAAAACCCUCACUUGGCCUGGUUUCUGAGGUCAGUAGACAGUUCAUCAAAUCUGAAAUAAUAGUCACAGCUUUUCAAAGAUAGCCUUUGAAAAAUUCAUACCUAAAAGCUCUGUCUACUUUAAAAAAAAGUACAAAAUUACCAAAAACGUAUGUACUAUUGUACAUUUUUACAACUGCAUUGUACUUUAAAAAUAAUCAGUGUUUAAAGAUCAUUCUCCAUUGAGCCUGGACUCUGCUUUCCAUAGGAAGUAAAUAUGAAAU